UUCUGUAGCUUAAAAAUCAGGUUUCAGCUACAGAAGACUCCUACGCGUGACUUCUGGAUCAUCGUCGGCAGUCUGGCGCAUCAGAGCAGUUUCGGAGAAGGUUGGGCAACUUUUCGGAGCUUGGAUCUAAUUCUAGACCGUUGUAUGUAGGCUGGCUCGGCUUGUCCACCUAUCCAAGCUUCGCAAAUCCUAUCUGCCCGCUGGCCAGGUGAAUCGCGUACAUAUAAAAACCUAUUGCCCCCUCACUUUCCCCAGUCAUCAUCAACCCACUGCCCCAGACAAAAAUCUACCAGUCCAUUCAAUCACCAGAACCUUAGACACGUCUGAUCCUCUUUUCUCAGGGCAUCUUUCCUUGCACGAAGCUUCUGCAAACCCCUUGAUACAUUGACUUGCGCAUCUUUUCCACUCAGAUCAUGGCCCGCACAACUAAGAUCGCACUUCUUCAGCUAGAGCCUGUCUUCAAACAGCCAGAGCAAUCCAUCAUCAGAGCCAACAGCUUUAUCUCCUCGAUCAAACCUAAUGAUAUCGAUUUGCUUAUGCUUCCAGAGAUGGCCUUCACCGGCUAUAACUUUCGAUCGUUUGAAGACAUUGAACCAUACAUAGAGUCCGAGGUUGAUGGGAUCACCAUCACAUGGGCCAAAGAGACCGCGAAGAAGUUAAACUGUCAUGUGAUCAUUGGUUUCCCACAAAAGAUCCAAGAGCCGGACGUGAAGCAGAUUUACAAUGCUAUGGGAAUCGUUUCCAACCAAGGCGAGUUGAUCAAAGUGUACCAUAAGACCCAACUGUAUCCUCCCGUCGAUCCGCUCUGGGCCAGACCAGGCGCGGGCUUCUCCAUGGUCGAUUUGAACAUUGCUAGAGUCGAUGGCCAGCGAGGUAAACCAGUGAAUUGUUGCGUUGGGAUUUGCAUGGAUUUGAGUCCCAACCGGUUCGAAGCCCCAUUCGAAGCAUACGAGUUGAGUACAUUUGCGACCAAGAACAAAGCCGAGCUCUUAUUAUGCUGCAUGGCCUGGCUCGAUCUGGGUCCCCAACCGAACCCGAACCGGACCGAGAUGGGUAAGAGUGCGGCGGAGACGUCUGAGCAGUUAAAGCAUUGGGACAUGCGUUGCACUCCCUUUUGGAGCUUGGAGAAUCGCUCUGCCGCGAUUUGUAACCGUGUGGGAGUCGAAAGUGAAGCAGUCUAUUGCGGCACCUCUUGCGUGAUUUCAAACUCCAAAUCCUUCAAGAAUUUGAUGAAGGACAACACUUCAAUUGUCAUAGAUUAUGCCAGCAAACAAAAGCCUGAGUUGUUGAUGGUUGAAUUGCCUUUACCUUGAGCGUCAAAUCACCAGGGUUUUACAGGUUAUGAAUAUUGUUCCUUGAUUACAUUAAAUGCUUUGAUUGAUGUGGAUGUUCCUACAUGUGACUUUUAGGAAAGCUUGAUUCCUCUACUACUCACUAGAUUGAAAAGUAUUGAACUCAUGCUACAAAAAAAGUGGUUGUGUGUCUUGCAUUUUAACUUUGUUAGUAUGACUUUUAUGAUAUAACCUCAUUAUCCUUCU